AGUGGAGCGAUUAGCAUAGGUCAGUCCAAGGAAAACCCCGAGCCAAACCUCGAAAACCACGAUGAACCUCCUGCAUUUAUUCGCCCUGCUCUCCGUCCUUUGCCUGGGCAGCCUCUGCUGCAGUGGCGCAUCUGUGGACAAGCCCACGGGACAACCAGGCUGCCAGACCGAGCAGGAGAUCGCUGUGGCCACAUAUCCUCAUUUCUAUCUGAAGAGCUCCUACUGGAUCUGCAGCACUCAGGGUGUGCCCGCCACGCUGGCCGCCUGCCCCAUUCCCUCCGCCUGGCUGGACUCGGCCAAGAGCUGCGUGCCCUGGUCCGAGUGGUACUGGACGCCUACGGCUCUACCACCCAGCGAGCCCCUGGCCACGGCCUAGGACUACAAAGAUCCACAAAAUGUUAUUACAAUUAAUCUGAAAUUAAUAAAGUGCAAAAGCAAAAAGCAAACAACUGCC